AUGGAUUUCGAGUUCUUUACCGUCAGUAAGAACGAAACGAUACUGGUAUCCGGCGCGAUAUCGAAUAGUUUAGAAAAAUACCAACCCAAGAAAUUGGAGGGGAGUCCUCUUAUACUUACAAAGGAUGAUAAGUUAAGAAGAUUCCGCCGAUGCGACCUAAAGAAAAUAGUGCAGAAUAUCAAACGAGUAUUCCGAGGGAAAAAGGCAAGAGUGAUUAAACCAUUGCUGGAACAAUUAUACAAAAAUAUAAGUCACCAGGGGGGAUCGACCUUGUCUACGGUAUACUUGCAAAGAUAUUUGCACAUAAACGAUAGGGAGCCGCUAAUAGUAUUUUGGAACGGAUCGUCAGAUAUCACGAUAAUUAAGCGUUUAAGAUUAACAGGAAUUUUAGCAUAUUUAAACAUAUCGGCAAUUAGCGUUAGGAAUAACGAUGAUUAUAUAUAA